UUUAUAAAUAGAGAAAUUCGUGAUGAUAAUGCUUGAUGAAGUCUAGGGGAAUAUCACGCUUAAAUUAUUUCAAAUAUUUCAAAAAAAUCCACAAAAAUCUGAUUCAUUCAUUCGAAAUAUUCGAAAAUAUGUCAUACAAUUGAUGUUUAUUUCAAAUAUCUGAAAUAUCUCACAAGAUUCAGGAGCGUGAUAUUCCCCUAGGAUGAAGUAGUAUAAAAAUUAUAGUUAACUAUAAUAUAGGAGCAGACUUCGUGAAAGUGAUGUUUGUGCAACAAAACAUGUCAAACGGUUCUCUGGAGAAUUUAUUUAACUGAAAUAUUUGUGCUCCUUCGCCAUUGUUAAUUAGUGAACGUUUAAUGUGAAACAACGACCAAGUGAGUUCAACGCGAUGAAGGGAGCCAAGACUACUGCGCACGAGCCAAGUGUAAAAUUUCAAUACUUUGCAACGUUAGUUGUGAACCUACUAUCGAUCGCUUAUGGCGUCAAUGCUGGCUGGACGAGUGCCAGUGUAAUUUUGUUGAAGUCCGAUGAAACGCCGCUACCAUCUGGGAAAAUCACAAUGGAAGAAGCGUCAUGGAUUACAUCACUUUUGUGCGUCGGUGGGUUGAUUGGAAAUAUACUUUUUGGUUAUAUCACCAACCGAUUCGGUAGAAAGAUACCAUUACUUUUCUUGGCAAUCCCGACCGUGAUAAGCUGGUCGCUGGUUUUAUUUGCACAAAAUGUGUACUACUUGUAUGCUUCGAGAUUUCUCAAUGGUAUCGUAGGCGGUGGCGUUUUCGUCAUAACCCCAUUGUAUUUGUCAGAUAUCGCUAGUGAUAGUAUUCGUGGCACAUUGGGCUCAACAAUGAUGUUGAGUGGAAAUACGGGCACAUUAUUGGCUUUUGUUUUAGGAAAUUUCUGUGAUUUUUACACGACUCCAAUAGUAAUCAUCAUUUUGACGAUAAUAUUCGCAAUCUCAUUCUUCUUCUUCCCUGAGUCGCCGAUUUUUCUGUUCAAACAAAACCGCAUUUCCGAAACAAAAAAAUCAAUCUCGUUCUAUCAAAACAUAAGCACAACAGACAAAGAAGCCCUUCAGUUCGAAAUGGAUAAAUUGAAAAAUGCGCUUGGCAACACGAACAAAGAUGGAUCUUCGGGUAAAACAUCAAGUUGGACCGAUUUCAUAACCGAACGACUAGCACGAAAAGCCAUCACGAUCGGAAUCGUUUUAGCCGCACUGAAUCAAUUUUGCGGGUGCUUCGCGAUGUUGAAUUACACUGCGAGUAUUUUCGAAGAAGCCGGUUCGAACAUGACUCCAAAUAUGUCAGCUAUUAUUGUUGGCGUUAUUCAACUUGUGGGCUCAUAUGCCGCAACCAAUUUAGUUGAUCGAGCUGGACGAAAGUUCUUGUUUGUUGUGUCCACCGUUGGAACAGCAAUAGGCCUGAUCUCUUUGGGAACAUACACGAUGUUGAGAACGUGGGGCUACCAAGUUGAAACAUUCAAUUGGAUUCCAAUUGCAAGCUUUUCAUUUGUAAUCUUCCUAGCAUCAUGUGCUAUACUGACGCUCCCGUUCCUGGUCAUCGCCGAGAUAUUGCCUGAAGAAUUGAAAGAUUUCGGUGCAUCAUUUUGUAUGACACUUUUAUGGAUCGUUGCCUUUACAAUCACCAAAUAUCUGCCUUUUAUGACCGAAGCAAUAGGAUUCCACGGAAGCAUGUUUUUGUUCGCUGGUGCCUGUUUAUCCAGUGCAGUAUUCAUAUUACUAUUUAUGCCAGAGACGAAGGGAAAGAGCUACGAGCAAAUUAUGAGCUCGCUUUAAGGAGGAUGUGAUCGUGUUGAUUGUAAAUAUUAUGAUGUAGAAAUUAAUUUGAAUAGGUUAACUGUGGAUAUAUAGGAGCGAAUUAUUCACAUACCGAAAUAAAAUAUCCUAUAGUAAUCGUAUUCAUAGUGUUCAAUCGUAUCAGCGGUGUAUCCUAUUAAAUUAAUGUAUGUACGGAUGCAUCGACGUUUGACAUUAGUCAAACUCAAUUAAGUUUGACAUUUGCAUGAAGCACCAAUUAUUUCAAAGCAAAAUUGUGCGUUCUAAGUAGUUUUACUGACAGUUUGAUAUGAACCAUCAAGAUAUAAACCAAUCACGAAUUUUCAAGAAAAAAGACUUUUUUUUCAAAAGCUUCAAUAAAAUUCACUAUCAACGUUUUGGUGAACGAUCAUA